GUCCCUCGAUUACCUACUUCGUAACACCGGUACGUACAUGAUUCUCGUAUCUCUAAUACGAAAACGCUCGGCAGUGACAAGCCCGGCGUCUCCAUACGCGUAUGCUGACCCCACACUCAAUCUCCCUGACCCGAGCCUUCCGGAUCACGGGCAUAUUGACAGACUGGCAGCACGACAUUCUCUCGCGGAUCACGCGGAACGCCUCAAAACUCCUUGUUCGAACAUCAACACCGCCGUGGAACGUCUCGAAGACCUGCACAUGAAUGGCCUGCGGUGUCAUCAUCUCUGGCUCCCAGCAGGACGCGAAUCACCCCGACGGCAACAGAUGGCACGUCAGGUGCUUACGUGGCGAGAAGGAACCCGAGCAGACACCUCAAACUUGAUCGCUUAGCAUUCACCAUCGUGGAUAUUCCUGAGAUGAAGGCACAAUUCGUCGAUGGCUCUGUCACCGGCGCCAGACGCGGGAGGAAGCCGCACCGCAAGUCCCGGGACGGCUGCGUGAGCUGCAAGCGGCGCAAAGUCAAGGUGGCUCCAUCUCUCGACAUCUUUUGCGAUGAGGAGAAGCCGUCCUGCGCCAACUGCGUUCGCUUCGGCAUUCCCUGCAGCUUUGUGCCCCAAGAUCUGUCGGCGCAUGGCUUGGUUGGCGAUAAUGGAGUGCCUCCGCCCGCUCCGAGAAGGGGUCCAGGUCGCCCGCGGAAAGACUGGGCCACGCUGGCCAGGCCACUCCUCCAAGCAAUGGAGAAGUUUGAGAUAUCUAGAGUGUCUCCCACUCCCGUGGAACGCGUGCCUUGUUCUUUAAAUGUCACUGACGCCGAGCUGCUUCUUCACUACACUGCUCAAACAGCUCCGACCCUUGCCGGGUCUGACGAUCCCAAGAGCGAAAUUGCUCUGUUUUGGGCCCGCAAUGUUCCACGAAUGGGUCUGUCAUACCACUUUGUGUUUCACUUUGCCUACUCCUUGGCAGGAUACCAUCUUGCCUAUUCACAACCAGCCAACAGCGACAGCCAAGUCCGCUAUCGCUCCAUCGCUCGGCGCUACGCAGAAAUGGGUCUGAGUGAACUAAAUAAAGGCCACCCGACCAUCAACGAGUCCAACUGCGGUGCUCUUUACGUGGCUGCAAUGCUCAUGUGUUACUGCGCUGUCGCCGACGGACCGAUGGGGCCCAACGAUCUGCUCGUCUGCAAUGCCGGCGACGGAGCAGCUCCAUUCUGGUUACCUCGGAUCCAGGGCGUUCGACUGAUCCGACAGAUGAUAGAGCCGGCCACUCUUUUUACUGGACUUACAGAGCCCCUGGGACGACCUGGUGGAAAUGACUUGGGCCAGAUGCCGAUGCAUCUUCACGAUGGGGCCAUACAUCUCGACUGGGUUGAACCCCUUGACAAACUACGGAUGUGGAUCGCCUCACACGAUUCGCCCGAUACCGUCAUUUAUAUCCAGGCUCUCGCAUCAUUAUCCACCGUAUACGAAGCAAACUACGGCAACAGCCGUGGCACGCGCGAAGCCUCCCCGAGCGACUAUCAUGCCUUGGGAUGGCUGUACAGGCUGCAAGACGUCUUUGUCGCCCGUGUCCAACGAAAAGAACCCAAUGCGUUGUUGGUUCUAGCUCAUUACACUCCCAUGUUGAUGUCUCUCAAAACGUGCUGGUUCUUUGAUGGUUGGGCAAUUCAUCUCCUGACCUCAAUACGGGAGAUGCUAAGUCCAGACCUAACAAGCUGGUUGAAGUGGCCCUGGGAUGUCUGCCACCAAAGUUCCGAGCUCACAAUGCAGAGUUGA